AUGUUGUACACAGCCCCAAAAUCAUGGGAUCUAACAUCGAUUAUACCGAACUCUUUUGAUACGCGGAAAUAUGGAGAAAUUAAUUUGACGUUGGGUUUGUGUUCCAAAAAGAAUUGUGGACCUGGUAAACAAAUUCCGGCUGCCUAUACCCAUUGGUAUUGUCAGCAUAUUGAUCCGCAUAAACGUUUUGAGACCGAGGGGACACCAUUGCCGAGCAAUGAACCUUUGGUCAUAACCCACAUGGCAACGAAUCGUAAUCUCGCUGCCGAAAACACGGUCAUACAAACCUUAUUCGGCCCGGAAUUUUUAGUUUCUGUACAAAAUUAUCGAAAUAUUUUCAAACGUGAGACCUGGCAGAAUUUAUGGAUAAUCAGCAAUGGGCAUCAGUGUAAAUAA